GCUGGUUCUCCGUCUCCAUAUCCUCCAAUUCCCAUGAUUAGCUUGAGCCAUCCGUGUAUCUUGGAGUCUGUUGUCCCUGAGUUAAUGGCUGUUGCCUGCGAACGGUAGUUGGAGCUUCUCGCGCUCGAGGCGUCCCGUGCUCAACAUCCUCUCAUGUGUUGAUCGAUCGACCUAUUUACCAGCUUCGCCUCAUUUCCAGGUAAUCGAACGAAGAAGUUCUACCGUCAAUACCGUGCCGUCAGAGGGCAACUUGAAGCAAGAUGAAGGCAGUGUUUAGCACGCUGUUGGGAUGCUUCCUCGCGGGGCUUGUUGGUUACAGUUCUGCGUUCUUCACACACCCCUAUCCCGCUGGCGUUAAUACCACAGACGCUUUCAAUUGGACCGAGAUACCUCCUUCAAGGGAGCUUCACUACCACAAAUGUUAUGGCGUCUUUGAAUGCGCCAGGUUGGAGGUGCCUCUUGACUGGUCCAACCUCUCGAAUCCCGGCUCGGUCGUUCUAGCAAUCACGAGGCUGCCUGCGGUGGUGGACGUCGGAGACAAAUCUUUUGGGGGCACGGUUGUCAUCAAUCCCGGAGGCCCAAGCGGUUCCGGUGUGGCCAUUCUGCUUUGGUCUGGUAAGAGCAUCCAAAACGUCCUGGACGGCGACAAGCAUUUCGAGAUCCUGUCCUUCGACCCCCGCGGCGUCCAAUUCUCGACACCCAGUCUGGCCUGCUUCCAAGACGACACAAUGAGAGACAUACUCAAUCUCCUGGGUGCAGGGGCUGGCAGCCUCGAAUCAAAACCCAACGCCUUGGACGUCAAAUGGGGCAUUGAUCAAAGCCUCGGCCUUCUUUGCGCACAAACGAGCAAAGGCAGAUUUCCCGAUGGUUCCACCAUUCGUCAGUUCGUGAGUACCGCCUUGGUAGCCCAUGAUAUGGCGGAAAUCAUUGACCAAGUUGACGCACAUCGGCGGAGGGAGUUGAAGACGAAAGGCAGCCAUGCCCACAAUCAACAGCCGCUUGUCUCUGCUGCUUCGAACGAGGGCCCUCCGCUGCUCAACUACUGGGGGCUGUCGUAUGGCACUUAUCUGGGUAAUACGUUUGCCUCGAUGUUCCCGCACCGCAUUGGUCGCAUGGUCUUGGACGGUGUGGUCGACGCAGAUGACUAUGCCGCUACGGGAUGGACGAGUAAUCUUCAGGACAACAUCAAGACGUGGACCAAGUUCUUUGAGUACUGUUUCGAGGCCGGCCCAAAGUGUGCUCUCUCGGAGCCCGGGAUCAGUGGGCCGGAAGAGAUGCGAUUGCAAGUCGAGGACUUCCUCAACGGCCUCAAGAACAACCCCUUGCCCUUGGUCCAAAACGACAAUGCUUACAUCCUCACUUACUUCAACAUGAAAACUAUCAUCCAUAUACACCUGUAUCAACCCAUCCAGCUCUGGCCGCUCUUGGCCUUGGUUCUCAAAGCUCUGAUGGAGCAAGAUGUCUACAGCGCCAUGUCAGCGUGGGAGAGCUGGCCGUUUCCCCAAUUCCGGGACUUUGCACCACUACUCCCAAAUGCCGCCCACAUAGCUAUGCAGGCGAAUGCCUUCAUGGGCAGGGACCUUCCGUUGCCCACGAGCUAUCCGUGGCAACUAGAAUCCGCCGUCUCGAUCCUCUGCGGGGACGGCGACGACAUCACCUUUCGAUCAAAGGGAGACUUUACCAAGUACCUCGAUCUCCUGCUGUCGCAGUCUCCGCUGGUCGGAUCGAUCUGGGCGGAAAUCACGCUACAUUGCAUCCACUGGCCGGCGGCGAAUCGUCCGCGGGCCAAGAACCGGUUCACGGGCCCGUUCCAGUCGAACCUCUCCGACUACGACCGUCGCGGAAGCCCGUUGCUGUUCAUCGGCAACACGGCGGAUCCGGUGACGCCGGUGCGCAACGCGUUCAAGAUGGCGGAGCGGCAUGAAGGCAGCGUGGUGUUGACGCAGGACAUGCCGGGCCACUGCGCGGGCACGACGAAUCCGAGCGUGUGCACGUUUGGGAUCUUGAAAAGGUUCUUCGCGCACGGCGAGCUGCCGGAGGCUGGACUCGCGUGUCAAGCCGCUGUGAAGCCCUGGGAUAUAUGAGAAAUGAGGAUGAAACGGAUUGUUAAGGAGGUCGCGGUAGGGGCUUAGCAGGAGGGAAUCAUGGAGGUGCAAAAGCAGAUCCCACGAGUCUCAUAUAUAUCACCAGGAUAGAACACUCGAGCUCUCAUUGGCAUAAUUCCAUCAAUGACAUACACGACCCAACAUGCCUUCAAAGGUCGUCUAAG